CAGCCAAUGAGCAUUGAGGCCUCUCUGCCGCGCUUUCUGACCCUCCUAACGAGCCUGUUUCAGGCUCUGGCGAGCGACACUGGGGGUUUUUCGAGCACUGUGGGUGCGCCACUGAAGCUGGAGGUUCUAUCGACCCUCUUAAAGUCACCAUUGCUCCGACAGACAACUUCUGGGACUUCGGGCAUUUUGACUGCAGGUCUCCUUCUGAUGCUUCGGCUGGUACAGUUUAUUUUCGCCUUCGUAACCAAUUCACAGUCGGAGUUCAGUCCCUCGUCAGCUGAGGAUUACCUGUGUCAACUUCUUCGUACUUCAUUGGCGACUCUACUAAGGUUCAACUCCACACCUGUCUCUCGUCGUCUGGUUUAUCGCAUCUUGGCAGAGGUCCAGCAACGGUCAAAUCAGCGUCUUUCAAAUCGAACCAUUAAGGUAGGAUCAACACCGCACCCUCUUAAUUGCGUGACUAUUAAUUGA